AUUUUCGUUAAAAAAAUAAAACUAAAAAUAGAAACGACACUUUUGAGCGUUCACCGACCGCGCAGGGAUGAAGGAAGAAGAAGCGACGAUGGAGCAUCGAUCAUCAUCAUCAUUAUCAUCUAGAGCUCUGAGUCGUUCGUUUCUAGGGUUAAGUUUAGGGUUAGGGUUUCUGGUCGCCGUCGCCGCCGUCAUCGUCAAUUUCUACUACAAGAGACCAGCUCAAACUAGUCUGUGGACCGCCGAGGAAUUGACUGCUUAUAAUGGGACUGAUGAGAGAUUGCCUAUUUUGUUAGGGAUUCUUGGCUCAGUGUUUGAUGUAAGUAAGGGAAGAUCACAUUAUGGUCCUGGAGGCGGCUACCAUCAUUUUGCUGGCAGAGAUGCAUCACGCGCUUUUGUUUCAGGAAAUUUUACAGGGGAUGGAUUAACUGAUUCAUUGCUUGGUCUCACAAGUACUGAGGUGAAUAGUAUUGUUGAUUGGCGGAAGUUUUACCAUGAAAGAUACAUAUUUGUAGGUAAACUUGCUGGUCGUUACUAUGAUGACCAGGGUAAUCCCACGAAAUAUUUGAAAGGAGCUGAGGCGAAGGCGAAAAGAGGUGCUCAGCUACUUGAAAAGCAGAAGAUUGAAGAGGCAAAGAUUCCAAGCUGCAACUCAAGAUGGAGUGACCAAGAUGGUGGAAAGGUAGAGUUAUUCACAAAUGAUGUGCAUGGAUUUUCAUGUGUAGUUUAUUAUUAUUUAUCUUCUAAAAUUUGUAUCCAUGAUUAA